AUGGACACAGCUGGCGAAAGAAAUCAAGUUUAUACACUUCAUAAUAAUUAUUAUGGCAAUAAAUGGUGUUUAUCUGGAACUUCUGAAAUGGCUUUAGCUGGGUCUUUAAUGAACAAAAAUUUAUCCAAAGAUAAACUUCCUCUUAAACUGUGUUCAGUUAGUCGAUGUUACAGAGCUGAAGUAUCUAGCAUUGCUGAGGAAAAAGGAAUUUUUAGGGUUCAUCAGUUUACUAAAGUUGAAAUGUUUGGAGCAUGUUUACCUGAAGAAUCAGAAAAUAUGGCUCUUUAUUUUCGAAAUAUUCAAGAAGACUUAUUACAACCACUUAAUUUACAUUAUCGCGUAUUAGAUAUGGCCAAACAUGAACUUGGAACACAAGCAUAUCGCAAAUAUGAUAUUGAAGCAUGGAUGCCAGGAAGUAAUAAAUAUGGAGAGAUCUCAAGUUGUAGCGAUUGUACAAAUUAUCAAUCUGAACGACUAGGUAUUCAUUCAGAUGGAACUUUUUUACAUACUGUAAAUGGAACAGCAUGUGCAGUUCCCAGAUUGAUUAUUGCUCUUGCUGAAACUCAUCAAACAGUUGAUGGAUCACUAACAUUACCCGAGGAACUUAAUGAUUAUGUUAUAGAACAAAAUUUAUUUAAAAGUAGAUCAAAUUUUCCUAAGUUUACUCCUGUACAAGCUCAUCGGUAUAAAAUGUAA